UUAUUUUUAUCGAGCAUCAAGCUGCCAACUUCCAGAUCCACACUGCAACGGCAUUGACUGCAGUUGGUACUGUUGACAGCAGGUUGGUAGCCCCGACUUGGGCCUUGAGCUUUAGCUGAUCACGCCCUUUGAAGCCUAAGAAACAACAAAAACAAACUGAUAUUAUUUACUAACCAGUUCAAUAUCCACAAUUUAAUUGAGCAUUUUGGAAGUAGCACAUGAUGGCUCCGAAGAAAUGCGCAGGUCGGCAAAGCAGAAAGAAAUCUCGGAGGAAGUUUUCAGUAAAACAUCAAGCGGCUGCUGAAAGAGCGGUAUCCUACAUGAUUCACACAGACAACUUGACGUUCAACACGGUUGAAAAGAAAGGAUUUAAAAGACUGGCUCAGACUUUAUCUCAAGGACAGUUCGAAUGCAAGAGUCGAAGAACUUUUGGUCGACUUCGAGAAAAAACAGUACAAGAUGUAAAAAGGGCAUUUGCUGAAAAACUGCGAAAUUCUGGGCAUUUUUCUCUGACAACCGAUGCCUGCACAUUAACAAAGCCUAAAAAAUCUUACUUGGUUGUCACCGGCCACAUUUUAGAUGAAAAAAACGCCUGCCUAGUUGGAAUGGAAUUCCCCCCUAUUCUUGCCAACAAAAGCCACACCAGUGAAUCAAUCUGCCAGCUCGUCAACAUGUUGCUCGAAGAAUUCAAAAUUAGAAAAGAGAAGAUUUCAGCAAUAACAACAGAUUCAGCAGCAAACAUGAUUUUAGCGGCUUCCCUGCUCAAGUUAGAUCACGUUCCAUGUUUAAACCACAAAUUGCACUUGGCUGUCAUGAAGUCUAUUGAAGACUGUGAUAGCUUAAAGCCAACUGUGCAAUUGCUGAAGAGUCUUUCAGCAUUCUUCAACCGUUCGCCAGCUGCCAGCAACAUGCUUAUAGAAGUCCAAAAAGAAAAUGGCGUUGAAGAGCGAAGUCAACUGCUCCUUGUUAUUUCCUGUGAAACAAGAUGGAACAAUAUUUGUGAUAUGGUCGAGCGGUACCUUAUAUUAAACCAGCAUGUAACAGAAGUGAUGGAAAGGCUCGGGAAUCCUCACGAAUUACCUGACGAAGAGAAACUUGUUGACCUGGAUGACUGUUUCACUUUUCUUAAACCCUGCAAGGAGGUGACAGUUCUGUUAUCUGGCUCUUCUUACCCCACGAGCAGUAUCACGAUUCCCACCUGCAGAAACUUGCAACACGCGUUGACUACAAUGAUUCCAUCUACUUUGACAGGAGGCCAAUUCAAACAGCACUUGCUAAGAAAUCUAAACCUUAUCUUGAAAAAAUCUACUCCAAUAAAAUAUUAAUGAAGAGCAUGGCGUUGGAUCCCAGAUUCCUCAGGACUUAUUUACAACCUGGAGAGGCUUCAAAAAUAUUGACGGAGAUUGAGGAAGAAAUUUCCAAAAUUGAAAAUGCUGCUAACUCUAACAGUGAGCAUUAUACUGGGAAUGUAGCUUGGUUGGUU